AUGGCAUGCACUAGAGGAGCUAAAUCAUCCUCUCUUUCCAGCAGCAAACGACUCCCACGAGAGGCUCCUAUUCAAAGCCCCACCUUUGAACCUCCGCGGCCAAAAGCUGCUUCACCUCCGGCGAAGCCCACGCCAAAGAACCCUCCGGCGAGGCGUUAUCUCACUAGGUCAGGGGGUCGUCCCCUGCAAAAGAGAGCCAGGGUCGAAAGCUCAGAGCCCAUCGACUUAACAGAGCAGUCCCCGGUUCCCUCACCAGAGCCCUCUCCAGCACCAUCUUCGGCGCCGUCAUCAGAGCCUCCGGCGAAGCCUCAGGAGCACCAGCCGCCACGUUCAGAAUCCCAAAUUCCAUCUGGGAUAGCUCCUGAAGUGCUCAUCAAGCGUCCGAUGCUGACCCAACGCCCAAUUGAAGGGAAUUUGGACUGCCGAGCUUGA